AUGGAUGCGCCCGGCCAGCCGCCAGUCACUGCUGAGGACUCUGGAAUCUGCCCAGGCACCCACACAGAGGCCUUGGGAGGUGGGGGCAACUCAGACUGUGGCAGGGCAAAAGAUCCCGACUCUCUGACUUGUGAAUAUUCUUUGAGAGAAUCAGUAAAAGCUGAGUCUUUGAACAGCUUCCCAAUGCUCUCAGAUGCCAGUCGGGUGUCUGGCGUGCAGCGGCCACACACCCCGCCGACCAGCAGGCCCGGUGCACACAGCUGCAGAAAGAAAAAAGAAAAUCCUGUGGUUCCAAAAACGGCGUCCGGAGAAGCAAAGACAACCCCAAAGGACGCCUGCCCGCGCACCAAGACGCUGCAGCUGAUGGCGGAGGCCCAGGCUGAGGCAGAGGCUGACGGCGAGGCCUAUUGCACGCCUGGAGCGUUUGAGCUGGAGCGGCUCUUCUGGAAGGGCAGCCCCCAGUACACCCACGUCAACGAGGUCUGGCCCAAGCUGUACAUUGGGGAUGAGGCGACGGCGCUGGACCGCUACGGGCUCCAGAAGGCGGGCUUCACUCACGUGCUCAACGCAGCGCAUGGUCGCUGGAACGUGGACACCGGCCCCGACUACUACCGAGACCUGCCCAUCGAGUACCACGGCGUGGAGGCCGACGACCUGCCUACCUUCGACCUCAGCGUCUUCUUCUACUCCGCGGCCGCGUUCAUCGAUGCGGCGCUGCGCUCCGACUGCAAUAAGAUCCUGGUUCACUGCGUCAUGGGCCGCAGCCGCUCGGCGACACUGGUCCUGGCCUACCUGAUGAUCCACAGGAACAUGACGCUGGUGGACGCCAUCCAGCAGGUGGCCAAGAAUCGCUGUGUCCUCCCCAACCGGGGCUUCCUGAAGCAGCUGCGGGAGCUGGACCUGCAGCUGGUGCGGCAGAGGCGGCAGGCGCGGGGCGGCAGCGAGUAG